AUGCUGGAGGGAAAGGAGGAACAGAAGACUCCUCACAUGGUUGACAUGGACAGUAAAGUUGAAUCACCAAGUGAAGAACCGGUAGCCACUGGAGAUCUCAUCUCCUACAAUGGAGUGGACCCUGCCUUGGCCGCAAAGAUGCAUAUUGUGAAUGAUGUAGGCUAUCCGUAUGCCGUCGAUUCCUUGCUGGCCUUUCUCAUGAGUAUUACCGCUGGACAGGUGACUCUCGAGUUCCAACCAUCCUAUGCCCGAGGCGGAACUAUUGCUCUCUAUGUUGGACUCCUCGUUGGUGCCUUAUUUUGGGGCGUGGGCGCAGAUAUCAUUGGGAGGAAGUGGGCGUUUAACCUGUCUCUCUUGAUUGCCGCUGUGUUUUCCAUCGUGGCAGGCGCAUCACCGAACUACAUUGCCUGGACAUCAUUUGUUGCGAUCACUGGUUUUGGUGCCGGCGGUAAUCUUGUACUGGAUACGACCGUUUUCUUGGAAUACCUUCCAGCGAAGAGCCAGUGGCUUGUGACUCUGAUGGCAGUCUGGUGGGGAAUAGGACAAACUGCAGCAGGUCUAUUAGCCUGGGCGUUUAUUCCGAACUUUAGCUGCACAUCGGCCGAUAAUUGCCCACGUUAUGAGAAUAUGGGCUGGCGCUAUCUUUGGUUCACCUCCGGCGCUCUCGUUUUUGCCAUGAGCAUUGCCCGAGUCACUGUCAUUCGCUUUCACGAGACUCCAAAAUAUCUUCUUUGCAACGGUGAGGAUGACAAAGUCGUGAGCCUCCUCCAAGACCUCGCCUACAAGCAUGGACGAACAUGUGAUCUCACCAUCGAAAAACUUGAGCGCCAUGGCAAGAUUGCGACCACCCAUUCACGGAACCACCUCUCUCUCAAUGAAAUUGCCAUCCAUUACAAGGGCCUUUUUGCCACCAAGAAACUGGGCGUCUCCACGACUUUGGUCUGGCUGUCGUGGACCAUGAUCGGUUUAGCAUAUCCACUAUACUACAUCUUUUUACCAGAAUAUCUCAGUAGCAGGGGCGCGCAAUUUGGGCAGACAUCGGCCUAUAUAACUUGGAGGGAUUAUGUUCUGACUCAAUUUAGUGCCAUUUUCGGUCCCCUCGUGGCUGCCUAUCUUUGCAGAAUGCCUCGGAUUGGGAGAAAGUACACCAUGGUCAUUGGAGCUCUCUUAACAAUGAUCUUCUUCUUCGCAUACACGUCGGUCCGCAAUGAUGCUCAGAAUGUAGGCUUUAGCUGUGCGGUUUCAUUCGCAAUCAACAUCUACUACGGAACACUGUAUGCCUACAGCCCUGAGGUACUGCCUUCUGGUCACAGAGCAACCGGCAAUGGUACCGCGGUUGCACUCAAUCGUGUUAUGGGGAUCAUGUCAGCUAUUGUGGCAACCUAUGCCGACACGUCCACCCCAGUACCGGUUUAUAUUUGCGCAGCUCUGUUUAUCGUUAUGGCCAUCAUAUCAGCACUCUUUCCAUUCGAGCCACAGAACGCGCAGAGUAUAUAG